AUGUUCUACUUUCACUGUCCGCCUCAGCUGGACGGAGAGUGCUGUCGCUCCAACACAUUGAAUUCAGGCGGCUUUGGCAGCCACGCCCCGACUGAUUUUGAUGAUGGAUUUCUACGUAGGAAACAGCGCAGAAACAGAACCACAUUUACUUUGCAACAGUUGGAGGCUUUGGAGGCUGUGUUCGCCCAGACUCACUACCCGGACGUGUUCACCCGGGAGGAGCUGGCCAUGAAGAUCAACCUGACCGAGGCCAGGGUGCAGGUUUGGUUUCAGAACCGCAGAGCAAAGUGGAGGAAGACGGAGCGAGGGAGCUCAGACCCGGAAGGAGGCAAAGACCAGAUGAGUGAGGGGACUCCUCCAUCUCGCAGCAUCAACUCUCAGUCUCCGGUGGACCAGGGCAGAAAACAGAAAGAACCGCUGGAGAUGCAGCAAAGUAUCAACAGGACAGUGGGUCCUGGUGGUCCAUUCUUCCCUUCUUGUAUACCAGGAACACUCCUCAACUCUGCCACCUACGCCCAGGCCCUCUCACAGGUCGCCACACUGAAAGGUAACGGUUUGUGCUCCUGCUGUGUUUCUGACCCCAUGGGCCUGUCCUUCCUGCCACCCUACGGUUGUCAGGGCAACCGCACAGCCAGCGUGGCCGCCCUGCGCAUGAAGGCCCGCGAGCACUCGGAGGCUGUGCUGCAGUCUGCCAACCUGCUCGGUGCAGCAACCGGAUCCGGUGCCGGCGUGGGAGUCCUGUCUGGAGUCGGCGUGAGCGCGGCCGGGGUGGUGAGGCCCGCGGUGGGUCCCGCCAUCGAGGUGCCCGGCGCUGUUGGAAGAGGAGGAGACAGUCCCAGUUCGGCCACCAAGGUCCCAGUUCUGGGCAGCAGUCCUGACAAACACCCUCACUGCUCCAAGGAACCGAUGGACAAAAAGUGA